CCCGGAUUUGACCCACAGUCAAACACUUCGUCUCGCAGACGCAAUCCUCUAGAAGUUCCCAGAAACCACUCUUGCAACUGCCUGAUGGACUCGCGGCCGGCUCAAGCAUUUUUAAGGGUGAGUUACCGCACUCACUUGGUAUCGGGCACACAUUGGUCCUGCGGGCGCGGACCAGACCAUGAACUACCCAUUCUUGCGCGUACUCUGCAUGAUUUUCCCCUUGGUGGGCUCAGAGUCGUGCUUUGACGACGGAGUACCUGAAGAGGAGCGCAAGUUGCUCGUGAAUGGGAAGGAAAAAUACCCCUUGGGCUUUUGGGUGAAUGAUUGGUCUGCCGGCCAUGCGACGGUACAGAUGAUGCGAAUCCUCGUCGAGGAGAAGAUGGGCUUCAAGGUGGAAGAGAAAGGCCCAGGACCCUCCACUCCAGACGCCUUCUAUGCCAUUGCAGGGUGCAAAACUCCCACGAAUCCCAAUGACCGUGGUUGUCGAGAGCAGACCACCACGUAUGUGCAUCUCUCCAUGGAGGGUUGGACUGCAGGAUACAGUGGCGCUUGGAACGAGCUGCAGAGCAACUUCCCUUCGAUGGCCCCCAGGAACGUGGGAAAUUCCGGAUACUUUGGCGCUGCUUCGAUCUACAUUGGUGUCGAUGUUCAGGAGAGAGCCUAUGAGCAGGAGGGUUUGUCCUUGGAUUUCUACCGAGACUACAACGUUUCUUGGAAGGCUCCAGCCAAGUACUUUGCAUCGCCCAAUGAUGUGGACACCACCAGGUUAAGGGCAUGCAACGACACCAACCUCGUUGAUUCGGCACAAAUGCAAUUAUAUGCGACGAUCACCGGAGACACCGAUGGUAUCGUGAAUCAAGGAGAUGAAGUGCAUGGCAAGUGUUGCGCUGGAUAUUUCUGGUGCUCGCCAGCGUGCCGCCACAACAGCAGCCAGUGCCUUUUGUACUUCACGGGCGGCCUUGGUUGGUCGAUGUCUGAGCAAAUGCAGAAGGCGACGAUCUUCAAUAUGCCGUUGGCAGUGGCUGUCGCCGCAUCUUGGAACGAGUUUGUCUCUUUGCCCAUGGAUUAUACGAGUACCUUCUAUUGGUGGCAGCCGGACCCCACAUUCCUGAGGAAGCAACCCAAGAAGAUCAUCUUCCCACCUCAUGAUCCGCUCGGUUGGGCCAGAGGAGAUCGUAGAUCCAGUGUGGAGACCUUUUCGAUCGACAAAUACACAAGCCAGGACCUGAAUUCAUUGGCCCCUGAAGUAGAAGAGUUCAUGAAGGCUGUGAGCAUCAGUAUCACCGACGUGGACGAGGUAAUGUUGGAUCAGCUGCGUCCCAAUUCCACUUACUUCGAUGCAGCUUGCCGCUGGCUGAAACGUAAUGAAGAACGCUGGCAGUCAUGGCUGCCGGACCCGACGAAGUGCUUUGCGCAUUUUGGUAUGUACAACACGAACAGCGGGCAAUUCGUGGAGAGCCGCAUCGAUCCAACGUACGUGGAAUGCCAACCAUGCCCCUCCGGUUUCUUCUCUUUGCCAAUAUCCGACGACAAGGGCCACACAUACAUUUGCCGAGCGUGUCCUGCUGGGAGUGCUCAGGCAGAAGGUGCCUCCCUUUCAUGCGAUCCUUGUGCUCAGGGUGAGUAUCAGGAUGAGUUUGGGCAGGCAGCAUGCAAGAAGUGCGUUGUGGCAACCUAUCAGGAUGAGACCGGCCAGUCGAGAUGCAAAGAAUGCCCUGCUGGCACCAAAACGCUGGGCUUUGGCUCUCUCUCGGUUCAGGCUUGUGGAUGCAAAGAGAAUACGAUUGACACGUCUGGGAACAAUGACAUAGAGACCUUUGACUGCGUUCCCUGUGGUCAGGGACUCACGUGUCCAUUUUCUGCGAGCAUUUCUACACUACAGUCAGGGGAGUCUGCACUCGGAGAUGAGUAUGUGCCCAAGGUCUUGCCAGGCUACGUUGCAGAGCCCGACGAUCCCCUGGCCCUCUAUGAAUGCCAAACGGCACAUCAAUGCCCGGGAGGCACACCCGGCACCUGCGCUGGUGGCCUUGAGGGUAAGGUGUGUGGUCGCUGCCCUGCAGGACAAGCCAAGACCGACGAAGGUUGCCUGGAAUGUGAUGCCGGGACCAUCGUAGGCUUGGUCGUGGCAGCGGUGGUGAUAUGCUGCACUUUGCUGGUGUCUUAUUAUUUGGUGAAUUUUGAUGCGAAAGUGAAAGCUUCCGCUGUGGACACCGGAGCCAUGAGCUUGGUUUUGAUUGCGCACGUGGUCCAGACCAUUGCCAUCAUGGGGAUGAUGUCACCAAGGUGGUCGCCGGGCGUCAAAAGCGCCACCUCGACGAUGCAAGUGUUCGUGCUGGAUGUAGAUCGCUUCAACGUCAACUGCAUCGCAGGCUCCGAACCUCUCUCAAGCUACACGUUGGAAGUCUUGAUGUUCCCGUCCUUCGCGAUCUUCUUGCUGGUGGCCUGGGGUCUCUCGAAAGUCCUGGGCACGAGGCGCUGGGAGUUCUCCAAGACCUUCAACACGAUCGGCGUUUUUCUGCAAACGGGCUUCGGCACCAUGGGUGCUGUAGCAAUGAAGCCCCUCACAUGCUACUUGCACCCGAAUGGGCUCCGCAGUCUGUUGAAGUACCCCAGCGUGAUCUGUGGCGAGGGCGAUCACUCUGCCAUGCUUGUGCUUGGAGUUGUUUUGCUGUCCAUAUUUGUGAUCGGCUUCUAUGCCCUUUGCAUGCUGGCGGCAUGGAAACUCCCCUACUGGAGCACUCAAUCACAUCACCGAGUGCGAGCCUUCAAGUUUCUCACAGGGAAGUUCUGCCCGAAUUCCUGGUGGUUCGGCCUGCUCCUGUUGGCGCGUUCUUGUGGCUUCAGCAUGGCCCUGGUCAUAGCGACUGACAGUGCAAGUGAACAGACCGCCAUUGCCACCAUCAUCCUUCUGAUCUAUUUUGGCACCCAGGUGAGGAUGAGACCAUGGAAAGCCCCAGUGGUGAACGUUGUGGACAUGUUGGUGAGCACGUCUUUGCUCUUGUUGAUUGGCUCAGCCAUCAAGAAGGACAACCUUCUGGAGUCUCAGUUCGUGGAUGGCUUUAGCAGCGUGAUUCUGUGGUUCAUCGGUGCAUGCUUGGGCUGCCUUCUUCUGGUGAUUCCCAUUUCGCUGGCCUUCUCUCAUGUGGGACACGUCCGCGGACGCUUCAUCGACCUGAGCCUCCAGAAUCCGACAAAGGUCUCCGCAGCAUUGUUGGAGUGUGCCAAGCAGUUGGCACUACUGGAACAGUCUAACUUGGAAUUGAUGCUGAAGCACAUCCAUCCUUACGACUUGGAGGCGCUGGCCCUUGCCAUCACUGCUUUGGAGGCUGAGGAGAUUACGAACUCGUGUGGCUCGCAGCUGGUUCCACGGGUGAAAACCACCAGCACAAGAUCCAUGACCUCGAAGAACGCAAAGAAACCGGAGAAACCAUCCGAGCUUGAAGAGGCGGCCGAGGCGGAUGGUGAAGGAGCAAUUGCGGAGAUGCAAAGCAUCAGCAACGAUGUUGAGAGCAUCGUCACCGACAACGACCCAGAGCUGGAAGAGGUGGUCAAAGUCUAUUUGGACUAGACCUCCGCGCCCAUGCAAAGCAUGCUGUGCCGCUGGAGGCCGCUGGGCCACAGCCGCGGUGGUUGUGGGCCACAUUCCUUUUCUGACAUUGGACGCUUUUUCAAAUCUUUAGAGGUGAAAGAUGACCUGCCACCAAAACAAAUGCGGCAAAGACCGAGGACUGACGUUGAGCCUCCUGAAGGACACCAGGUUGCAAGCAAUCAUGCAUAAAUGCAUCGUGAUACCCUUGCAACUUGCAACAAACUGGCCAAGCCUGUGUCAA